AUGGGCACACAUUAUGCAAGCUCACUUGCCAUUGAGAAAAGUUUCUGUUCCAGCACAUGCAAUAAUGUCUCUUCUGAUUCGUCGCUCACUAACAUCAAGGCCCCUUUCUUCUUUUCUUCUUCCAGUUCCUCUUUGAUUCUUUCUCUUCUUUCUCUUUCUCUUUCUCUAAAUUCUCCUUUUUCGUAUUUUUUCAUUUUCAUCUUUUUUCUUCUCAUUCUUCCAAUACCGUUUCUUCUUCUUCUUCUUCUUCUUCUUCUUUCUUUCUUUCUUUCUUUCUUUCUUUCUUUCUUUUUUUUUUCCUUCUUUCUUUCUUUCUUUUCCUUUACAUCAUUCUUUAGCUUAGCCUUUGUCUACGGUUUUCUUUUUCUUCCUCGAAAUCUUCUUCCUCUCAGUUUUCUUUAUUCCCUCCUGUCAUUUUUUUCAAUACUUACUUUUUUAUUCUCUCUCUCUCUCUUUUUCUCACUCAAUUUCCUUUUUAUUCUCUCUCUUUCUCUUUCUUACUCACUCUCCUUUUUAUUCCCUCUCUCUAUCUCUUUCUUACUCACUUUCCAUUUUAUUAUCUAUUUCUCUUUCUUACUCACUUUCCGUUUUAUUCUCUCUAUAUUUCUCUUUCUUAAUCACUUUCCUUUUUAUUCCCUCUCUCUUUGUCUUUCUUACUCACUUUCCGUUUUAUUCUCUCUCUAUUUCUCUUUCUUGUUCACUUUCCUUUUUAUUCUCUCACGCUUUCUCUCUCUCUCUCUCUCUCUCUCUCUCUCUCUCUCUCUCUCUCUCUUAAUAUUUCGUUUCUUUUUAACACUUUUUUCUGUUAGUUCCCCUAUUUGUCUUCCUUUCUCUUCUGUACCAAUUCCAGCUGUUCGAAUUGUUUUCUUUAAGGAAACACGCAACGAAACAGUUUUCUUUUUUAUCUUUUCCUUCUCUUUCUCUUUCAAUCUCUCUCUCUCUCUCUCUCUCUCUCUCUCUCUCUCUCUCUCUCUCACUGACACACAUAAUUUAUCUAUCUAUUAUCAUCCCUCUUCUCUCUCCUUUUUUCUUGCCGUUCUCUCUAUCUCAUUCUUCCUCUUUUUCCGUCAUCCCUUUCUCUCCCUUUUCAUCCUUUAUUUCCUUCCACUCUCUGCUUUCUCCUCCGCCUCUCUUCUUAAUCGUUCUUUAUCUCUUUCUUCCUAUUUCGUCUCCCUCUCUAUCUCUCUCUUUCUCUAUCAUCACCCUCUCUUACAUUUCCCUCCUCCUUCUCAUCUUUCUCCUUCUUGUUUUUCUAUUUUCCUUCCCUCUUCUAUUCUCUCUCUCUCUCAUCUCCUCUCUUGCCUUCCUCUAUUUUACUUCCCGCCUCUCUUCUCCUCUUCUUUCGCACACACUUUUUUAAAGUGUUCUUCUUUUCUCUCCACCGUUUAUCUAUCUCAACCCCAGAGCAAUCAUUCUUGCAAUGCAUUCUUUAAAUAUUAUUGGAAAUUUUUUUCUGCUAUCAAAUUGAUAUUCCUACGCUUUUCCUUACGAUGA